AUGUCAAUAAAUAAACUUAUGAACGUUAACUGUAAAAUAGAAUUUGACAACAUAUAUCAGUCUAAUGUUGUAAAUUAUUUAAUAGCAAUAAUCGUAUUAUUUGCUAUAAUAUUAGCAAUUUUUAAUGAAGAUGCUGCGCCAGGCUCGCCUAAAUUAUCCUGGAUUUUAGGAGAAUUUUUGCCAAUGCCUCAUUCAAUUUUUUGGGGAAAUUCAUGUAUGGAAAAUAAAUUAUUUAAAAAGAAAAGACAUAAUAAAAUAAGUACAUUUAUAAAUUUAAUAUAUCAACUCAUUAUAAAAUUAACAAAAUCAAUUUCUGAAGGUAACCUAAUUAAUUUACUAAAAGAAUGGAAAAAAUAUAUAACAAAAAAGUUUAAUUUAUAUAAAAAUUAUGCUAUAUUAAACUAUAAAUCUGAAUCAAAAAAACAUAUAUUUUAUUUGUUAUUAAAACAAAAAUAUAAUUUACCUAUUAAAAAAAAUGAAAAGGAAUUUGAAAGUUAUAUAGAUGCAAAAAGAGAAUUAAUUAAACGAGAUAAAUGGGCAUAUAUGUUAAGAGUGUCAGAUGUUAAAAGUGAAUAUAUUUUAUGUGAAAAUAAAAAAGUAAGAACAAUGUCAUCAUAUUCUUAUCUUGAUUUUGUGAGGGAACCAGAAGUACAAAACUAUGCUAUUAAGAUCGCUUCUGAAUGGUCAACUGGAAAUCAUGGACCACGAAUGUUAGGAGGUAAUAGUCAAAUAUUACGAGAUUUAGAAAAAAAACUUGGUCAAUUUUAUGGAAGAAAUGAUUCUAUAUUAUCUGUUUGUGGAUUUCUAGCAUGCAUGUCUGGUAUAUUAGCUGUAUCAACACCUGCAGAUCUUGUUUUAUAUGAUAAUCGCACACAUACAUGUGUGAAAAUUGGUAUACAAACAUCCGGGGCAAAAGCAUAUACAUUUAAGCAUAACGAUUAUAAUGAUUUAGAAUUAUUAUUAUUAAAACAUAGAAAUAAAUACAGAAAUUGUUGGAUAUGUUUAGAAUCAGUUUAUUCAAUGGAUGGUGAUAUACCACAUCUACCAUCAUUUAAAAAAUUAUGCAUUAAAUAUAAUUCGAGAUUAUUUGUUGAUGAAGCGCAUGGAUUAGGAGUAUUAGGAAAAACUGGAAGAGGGUUAGAAGAAUAUUACAAUAUGCCUGGGUCAAUAGACAUGAUUGUUGGGACGUUUAGUAAAUCAAUCAGUUCUGUAGGUGGGUUUAUUGUAGCAUCAGAUGAGGUAAUCGAAUUUUUAGAUAUACAUUGUAUUGGUAAUGUUUUUUCUGCACCUUUACCAGCAUAUUGUGCUGGAGCUGCAUUAAAAGCUCUUGAAUUAAUUGACUCACAACCCUGGAAAUUAGAAAAACUUAAAUUCAAUUCAAAAUAUUUAAGAAAUGGAUUGAGGACUGGUUUAAAAUUGUGGCCAAAGAAUUAUCCAGAAUGUAAUAAAUAUAUUGUAGAAGGUGAUGAUGAUACUAGUGUUAUACCAGUUAUUUAUCCAAAUGAUGCUGAUAGAUUGCUAAAAAUAUGUGCACUUUUACGUACCAAAAAAUGGCUAGUUUCUGCUGUUAUAUAUCCUGCUUGCCCUUUAAAAUUCCCCAGAUUUAGAGUCACUGCUACUUGCGCUUAUUCAAUAGAAUGUAUGAAUGAAUUUAUAACAGACAUAGUUAAUAUAACAGUUAGCGUACCACCAUCUCCUAUUGAAUCAUAA